UUAAGAAACUAGGUUAGUGGUCCGACAGGCAUGACGGUGAGGAGAAACUGGGUCACCGAUCGAAAAUCGUUUAUGUCACAGCUCUUGGGGUUGCUAUUACAUAUUACCAGCGGCUUUCAAUGGAUAGAAGAAUCACAUUGGACCUACAGUGUAUACAGGACGCACCAGCUGCUUAAGGAUCAGAUCAUAUCGGUGCAGAUUGACCACAUCAAAGUGGAUGAAAGUAGGUCGGCCUGAAUCAAACCAGACUCGGACCAGAUCAGAACGGAGCAGACCAGACUGAUCCAGACAAUACCAGGCCCAUCUCGGAGACCUGUUCCAGUUUCCUAUCCAGUUGAGGGCUGUAGAGUGGAUGGAAGGAGAUGAUUUUAACACAGACGCUGUGAUGAACAUCUGUGAGGACCUAAUGGCAGACCAAAGGAUGGACAUCUCGUCUACAAUGACUGACUUCAUGUCCCCUGGCUCCACCGACCUCAUCUCCAGCUCCAUUAGCACACCUGGCAUGGACUACACCCGGAAGAGGAAGGGCAGCUCCACAGACUACCAAAUCGAUGGCUUCUCAUUUGAUGACAUGGACCCAGACAAAGAUAAACUGGGAAGUGACCAACAGGGCCGGAUUAAGAAUGCCAGAGAGGCUCACAGCCAGAUCGAGAAGCGUCGCAGGGACAAGAUGAACAGCUUCAUCGACGAGCUGGCGUCACUGGUGCCCACCUGUAAUGCCAUGUCCCGCAAGCUAGACAAGCUGACAGUCCUGCGUAUGGCCGUCCAGCACAUGAAGACACUCAGAGGUGCAUCCAACCCAUACACAGAGGCAAACUACAAGCCCUCCUUCCUCUCAGACGAUGAACUGAAGCACUUGAUACUACGGGCUGCAGACGGCUUCCUGUUUGUAGUCGGCUGUGACCGUGGAAAGAUCCUCUUUGUUUCUGAAUCUGUGUACAAGAUUCUCAACUACAGCCAGAACGAUCUGAUAGGUCAGAGCCUGUUUGACUACCUUCACCCCAAGGACAUUGCCAAGGUCAAAGAGCAGCUCUCCUCUUCUGAUACCGCCCCACGAGAGAGGCUCAUUGACGCUAAAACUGGCCUCCCGGUGAAGACAGACAUCGCCCCCGGUCCAUCUAGACUCUGUUCUGGAGCCAGACGGUCGUUUUUCUGCAGGAUGAAGUGCAACAGGCCCUCAGUCAAAGUAGAGGACAAAGACUUUCCCUCCACCUGCUCAAAGAAAAAAGCCGACCGCAAGAGCUUCUGCACUAUCCACAGCACGGGCUACCUAAAGAGCUGGCCACCCACGAAAAUGGGUCUCGACGAGGACAAUGAGCCCGACAAUGAGGGCUGCAACCUCAGCUGCCUGGUGGCCAUCGGCCGCCUGCACCCCCACAUCGUCCCCCAACCCAGCCUGGCAGACAUCAGGGUGAAGCCCACAGAAUACGUCUCCCGACACGCCAUCGACGGCAAAUUUGUCUUCGUAGACCAGAGAGCCACAGCCAUCCUAGCCUACCUGCCCCAGGAGCUGCUGGGAACCUCCUUCUAUGAGUAUUUCCACCAGGACGACAUCGGCCACCUGGCAGAGUGCCACAGACAAGUGUUGCAGAUGAGAGAGAAGAUCAACACCAACUGUUACAAGUUCAAGAUCAAAGACGGCUCCUUCAUCACGCUGAGGAGCCGAUGGUUCAGCUUCAUGAACCCCUGGACCAAGGAGGUGGAGUACAUCGUCUCCACCAACACUGUCGUCUCGUGUCCUAUGAUGGAAGGAUCGGACUACCCUCAAUCUGCCGCCUCACCACAGAGCAUGGACAGUGUUCUCACCUCAGAGGGUGGAGGAAGGCGAGCGCUGCAGACGGUGCCCGGCAUCCCCGGUGGCACGAGAGCAGGAGCCGGCAAGAUCGGCCGCAUGAUUGCAGAGGAAGUGAUGGAGAUCCAGAGGAUCCGAGGCUCCUCCCCCUCCAGCUGUGGCUCCAGCCCUCUGAACAUCACCAGCACCCCUCCACCCGACACCUGCUCUCCAGGGGGCAAGAAGAUUCAAAAUGGAGGGACACCUGAGCUGCCGAGCACAGGAAUCCUUCCUGGACCGGAUUCUGUAGGCUACCCAUACUCCAACCAGUCCAUCAUGAGCGACAACUCCCACUUGAGCAUAGACAUCAUGGACGACCCCGGUUCUAGCAGCCCCAGCAAUGACGAGGCGGCCAUGGCUGUCAUCAUGUCCCUGCUGGAGGCGGACGCCGGCCUGGGCGGCCCUGUCGACUUCAGCGACCUCCCCUGGCCUUUGUGAGGAAGCUGGAAGGGGAGAAGCAGAGGGCCAGAGCCACUGAUGGAAAGAGUUCAGUCUGGCUGUCAUGUUUCCUGCCCCCCCACCCACACGUACACAACUACACUGCAAAAAAUGUCCAUCUUAACACAUGAUUGUUUAAAGUUAAAAAGGGUGUAUAUAGUGAAGGUUUUUCUGAGCAGUACUACCCACAAGAGGAGGUAAGGCUGUUCAGAUUACACUCCUACUUCUUGAUUCAUCAUUCCCUGUAAGUGGACAAGUGACCCUGAAUUUUUCUGGGGUAAACAGAAGGACUUUUUUGUAUAAAAUUAAUCUAGCUCAAAAUGAUGUUUUAAGAUGCUGUUUUCUGCAGUGGUAGUUGCCUGCAGACGAGGCGGUCCCUAACAUUGCCACGGUGAGAGAACAUUACUCAGAACAUUACAGUCCAGCAAAUGGAAUCUCAAGUUACAGGAUUGUGGUGCUAACGUUUCCGCUGAUGGACUUAACUCUGCCCAGCAGUGGCUCUGGGUCCUGGCUUUAGGUCUACAGCCAGCACCCCAACCAACACAGGACUCCUGAGGCGUUCACAGACAGUGGUUCAAGUUUGACGAUGGGAGGGGAGCGCUUGAUUUCUGCCUCCUGACGCGGCCCUCUCAUCGCCGCUAACUGUAUGCUCAAGUAUGCUCAUAGGAUGCUGAUCGACUGUUUAAGCCAGCUGAUCUCCAGCACGGGAAGGCAACGGUCACCUCCAGAGAUUCGCUUGGAAGAUUCUCAGAGGGUUUUUUUUUUAUUCCCAAGCCACAAAAUUCCACGAGCAGAGGUAUCUCACUUUAUUUAAAUGAUGAGAUGAGUAAAUCCUUGUUGAAAAGGCCACCUAGCUGCUGCUUCCUCUACUAACCUAAACAGUUCAGUCUCCAAGCUACUCUAAAGCUCAGCCUCACUGAAUGCUCCCGAAGAUAAGAGCCCAUUCUGUAUUUUUUUUUGGAUUUAUCUUUCAAACAUUACUUUCUGCAAACAACUACCUGCAGUACUUCUGUAUGAAGGAAGUCAUGAUGAUGAAUGAUCUGAAUAGAGGGAGAACAGGCCGGCUGGCGGCAGCAUUUUGAACACAUAACCAUAGAACAUGUAAGUUAAUUUGCCACAUAUGAAUGGCAUCAUAAGGACUGAUCUGGCUCUUGAAGACCCUCCAAUAGAUCUCAACAGUGUGCGCCCACUUUUUUGUUCAACAGCUCCGGUUCCAGAAGUGAGUUUCCUAUUCAGUCGCUCCACUGGGCUUUCAGGAAAAUCCUUUCGUAAAGAGGUUGCAAACUUUAACCAGCCGAACACAAGACAAAUCGUGACCGUAUAACAUUUGCUUCUUAGCAAAAAUGGAAAAUGAGAAAAACUUAAUAAUCAACGUCCUCGAUUAAGGGCAUGAAUUGGAUGGUCACCUCUGGAACCUCACUGACGAGCUCUAGUUAUUCAGGACCGUAUGACUCAAACUUUGAUAACGGACAACAUCAUGUGGGAAUGUUUCUCCCACUCUCACUCGACUGAAGUCUUCAUUGUUUUACAGCCAUUGCUUCAUUUUCCAGAAGCUUACAUUGUGACAGAAGCGCCUGUAAGACUGUUGAUACAUUUUUCAUGUUUCUGUUGAGUGUCACAAUCAGAAUUUGAGUCAUUCGGUCUGAUAACGUAUGGAAAGUCUAAAAGAGGCUCACAAUGAAAUCUUUUUAUCCCUAUUCAGAUUAGCCGGGGGCCAAACUAGAAGUUGAAGAACUAGAAGCUCAGAUCUGUCCCGCUCCCAUACCUCAUACUAAUUCUGAUCAUCAUGAUGCUGCAUGUCUUCAGAGCUCAUGGCAAGGCUGCUUUUAUCCACUCAGGCAAUAGAACAGGCCCCGACACAAAACAAUGGACUUUUUUUUUCCCACAGCAGACAUUUUGACUUGUCAUAGCAGGAGGAGCGCAUGUGUAUUUCACAACAUUAACGCUGGCUGUAGUCCACUCAGAGGAGGUCCUGGUAUUGUGUGUGCUGGCUCACUAGAAUAGACACUUAUCAGAUCCGAGCCGUCGUCAAUGUAACUAAUGCUUUUCCUGCUACGGCAAGUCAACAUGUCUGCUGUGAAAGGGCCCAUCAGGCUGAGUGGAGUUUGGAGCCAGUACUGUGAUCAGAAACCUUGUGGACCUGAGAAGCGCUCCUCGUUUUCGUCCUCACGGUGUGUUCUUCCGCGCAUUUUAGCUGCAGACCCUCUGCAGGGUCUGCAGGUCCUCAUGGAGUGUUGAAAGGGAGCGCUCGGCGGGAGAAGAAUAAACAGCUGAAGUGCCAUUCAUGCAAAAAAUAACCCCAAGAUUCCGACUCUAAUGGGGAAGAGGAGGUUCGUUGAAUCUGUUGGGAGCAGCAGCUCAGUGUGCAGGUGUGUGUUGGUGGCUGUAAAGGUGUGCUUGAUGUCUCUGCGGACAUUUUUUACAGGAGGAAAUGUUCUUCACUGCCAUUUUACUGAGGUCUGCUCCUCACACACACACACACACACACACACACAUACACACACCUUUCUACAGUUAAACUCAUGCUCGCAGGGUAAUUAUCAUUAGCCCGCUAACAGUACAACCUGGUGGUCUGGGUCACAGAGGGAUCUUCCAUCAGCACCCACACGAAGCUCUCAAGAUGCAGUUAGACUGUCAGUCGCUAAACUCUGGAUCCGUAUUCUAAUUCAGAACCAGCUACGAGAAGUAUUUUCUUUGCCUUCGUGAUCCGAAUAUAUUUAAAAAUGGACCUAAUAUGUUAGCCUGGGCUUGAGUGUAAGAGCCGCAUCCUUCGAACCUUUGCUGGACUUGGGAGACGUUAUAGAAAAAAAUACCUCCGAGUUAAAUUCUGCUGCAAAAAUGACAGAUUUGAAGUGUGUGGAUUUUGAAAAGAAAGAAAAUCCUGCUAUUACUUGUGAAUUUGGUCUAUUUAGCACUUAAUAAUCCACAGAUGUACUGUGGCUUCACAUAACUGUCAAUGCAAACUACCUUAUCAGCUGAGAGGGCUAUAAUGUAGACAGGGGGCGAGUAUAGAAACACAGAAACGUUGUAGAGAUGGAGGCGACAGCGAUCCACAGGAGUAGGGACAGGAUAUUUUUCUGACUACGUCCCGGGACAACAAACGGGGUGAGGAGGGGGGACGGCAAGGAACGUCUGAAUGGAACUCUUCAUUUCAGUAUCCCCCUUUUCCUCCAUGAUAAUGAAUAUCCGCAACACAACCUCUUUACCUCGCCAGCUCUCUGCUGCUCACAGACCUUUUUUGUUGUCGAGUGUGAUUGGAGGUGGACCCGCUGGGAGGAGUCUCAGCGGUCCUGCCGCCUGCCCAUAUGGAAAGAAAUAUACGUGUAUUUGACGUCCAGAAUGCAUUUGCAAAAUUAAAAUGCCAAAAAGAAGGUAAUUAAAAAGUAUCCCACGAAACACCCCACCUGAGGUAUCUAACAGAAUCUGUUUAAACUGCCAAAUAAUGAAUAAACAGUGCAAAGAAAAGGUCAGCAAAGCAGCUGUCAUCAAAUUUUGAAAUAAACGUGGAACUAUACUGAAAAUGCAUUUUAGAUGCAUUGUUAAUACUUAAACAUACUGAAAGUGAAGUAAAGCAAGUGAAAUGCACACUGCAUUGUGAGUGUAUAAAAUUACCCUUAAUUGUGCCUCGACUUGUAUUAUUUUAUCAUCCAUAUCACAGAGCAGAGCGCUAGUCACCAACCCAGGACGUAAACUCUGAUGAAUGAAUGAUUUGGAAAAAAGUGUUGGGUUUUUUUGUUUUGUUUUUUUUGCAGAAUAUGACUGUAAAUCCUGUAACUCCCAUUUUAUUUGUUCCCUACAAGGGGGAAAAACAUGAUUGCCCCCCCAACACACAUAGAAAAUGCAAUCUUGAAUACAUGUAGAACAGUCUCUUAUGGAGUCUCUGUUCUUACUUUUUCGAUUCUGGUUGUUCAACGACCUUCUUAAUGUGUCAAAACAGCAGAUUCUUGGCUGUGAGAGGCACAAACUGGACAGACAUUUUCUUCCCAUAUGGGCGGGACGUUUUUAAACUGACCCGACAUCGACCAGUCGUGGCUGAAAAAGUUGGCAGCUCCCUUUUUAAACACGAGUCCAACCGAGACCAUUUAGGGGACAUAACAAAUACUUGCAGCGUUUAGGCUCCGCCCCUCUCCUGUCCUCCUCCAAUCACUGAGCAGCUGGUGAGGUCCCCUCUGUAUCUGUUCUAGUGGUUUUCUGUUUCAAUGUUUUUACGCUACACACUACAAUAAAGUGUCCUCCUUGUUGAUAUACCCCUCCCCACCUGACAAUAAUGUAUCAAAUCUUUAAAUAUUAUCAUGUUAAGAGUAUACUUUAUGCAAAUAUAUAUGAGUAUGAUGAGUGUAUUGUAUGUAUCAGCAGUGAAAUAUUUUUAAAAUAAAAUUAUUUGUUUCUGUCA